AUGUUUUUAGUUUUACUCCUUCUUAAUGAACCAACUUGGAAUCUUAACCCACUUAAUACUUACUUGGUGGUUUCAAUUUUAUCCAAUAUUGCAAAAAAAUACGGUACCGCUAUAAUACUUACAAUGGAAAAACCACGUUCAGAUGUAUUUCCGUUUUUAGAGAGAGUACUGUAUUUAAGUCUUGGAGAUGUUGUUUAUACUGGAGGGACUAGAGAAAUGUUACAAUAUUUUAAUGAUAUUAGUUUUCCAUGUCCUAAAUUGGAAAAUCCCCUUAUGUAUUAUCUAUGUUUAUCAACUGUGGAUAGAAGGUCUAGAGAACGAUUUAUUGAAAGUAAUCGUCAAAUUGCAAUAUUGGUGGAACAAUACAAAAAAGAACGUGGUUCUUUAAAUAGCACACUUAAUGAAAGACAAGUAGCAGAUUAUAAUAUCAAAUUUCCUGUAUUAUUAGGUAAACAAUCAGAUUAUCUUCAAACAGGAUGGACAAUAUGCAUAAAUGUAAAAGACACAUCUCAUUUAAUAACAAGAAAUGGACUUAUAAUUAAUAGUUUAAUGGGAACUUACUUUCUAGGAAUAAUAAAUUGUGCAAUAUUAUAUCCAAUAUAUCGAACAAAAUAUUAUCAAGACGCACAAGACGGGUUAUAUGGAUCCACUUUGUUUUUAAUAACCUAUAAUGUUAUAUCUCUUUCAAUUUCAUUUAUAUCAUUUAUAAUUGCAAGUACAAUUUUGUACCCGUAA